CUCGUCUUGAAAUGAGAUGGUGAAAUGAUAGACGAAGUGUAUAAACAUCUAUACGCUUGAGAAAUAAGUAAAUAGGUAAAUGUGGACAGAAGUCCCUCCCUACACAAAGCGGUAGACUAGUGAUUUGACCUGGCUACUGGGAUCACAGAGAAUGCUUGCAGGUGAAUCACGUGCAUCGAACAGAGAAAUGGCCUGAUUCUUGAGGGCAUGCCUUCAGGCACGCUUUGUGCCAUGCAGCGCGGGUUGAUGUCUUCUCCUAGAUUUGUCUCGUCUGUACAAUGGACCCAAUCGAACACCCGGACCAGCAGUGAUGGAAAGGAUCACGGCGCAUACAGCCUGAGUGAGAGCACUUCACACACAGGAGAGCCCGUGGCUGGUUCCAGAGGGGAGGCAAGACGGUCUGCGACUGGGCUUCGGCGUCUCAAGGAGGCGGGAGGAGAAGAUCAAACCGGCCCAGUUUCGAAAGCCAAGCGCAAACACACAGCUUGGUCGGGCUUGGAGAGAGGGUUAUAAGCUGACGGCUCCGGUGUUCUCGCUGACACUCUCCAGCUGACGUUGUAGCGGGCGUUUCUGCAUCAUUCGUGCGGUUGAAG